ACAGAGCCAGGUGACAUCGUGGUGGCCCAGGAAGCAUGUGGCUGUGGCACUGGGGGCCCUGAAGACAAUCUGGCUUGCAGGGAGGAAUGCUACGGUGGGCAGUGCACUUGGAAGGUGGGCCGCGGAGGGUGAACCACGCGGCCGUGGCUGUCGGGCACAAAGUCUAUUCCUUUGGCGGAUAUUGUUCUGGAGAAGACUAUGAGACUCUGCGGCAGAUUGACGUCCAUGUUUUCAAUGCAGUGUCUCUGCGCUGGAUCAAACUGCCUCCAGUGUGGACAAACAGCCGAGAUCAUGUGAGAGAGGUGCCCUACAUGAGGUAUGGGCACUCAGCAGUGCUCAUAGAUGACAUCGUCUACAUAUGGGGUGGUCGCAAUGACACUGAGGGAGCCUGCAACGUGCUCUAUGCCUUUGAUGUCAACACGCACAAGUGGUUCACACCAAAGGUGUCUGGAAUGGUCCCAGGAGCGAGAGAUGGGCACUCAGCUUGUGUCCUGGCAAAGAGCAUGUUUAUCUUUGGAGGCUAUGAACAGCUGGCUGACUGCUUUUCAAAUGAUAUCCAUAAAUUGGACACCACAAACAUGAUGUGGACCUUAAUCUCCGCCAAGGGUACACCAGCUCGCUGGAGAGACUUCCAUUCAGCUACCAUCAUUGGAACAAAGAUGUACGUAUUUGGUGGCAGAGCUGAUCGUUUUGGGCCAUUUCACUCCAACAAUGAGAUCUACUGUAACCGCAUUAAAGUAUUUGAUACAGAAACAAACUCCUGGCUGGACUCCCCUCCAACUCCAGUGCUCCCUGAAGGCCGGCGGAGCCAUUCAGCAUUCAGCUACAAUGGGGAGCUAUAUGUAUUUGGUGGCUACAACGCACGCCUGAACAGACACUUCCACGACCUCUGGAAGUUCAAUCCAGUUUCUCUUUCUUGGAGGAAGAUUGAGCCCAAGGGGAAAGGUCCGUGUCCUCGACGCCGGCAGUGCUGCUGCAGAGUGGGGGACAAAAUCAUUCUCUUUGGAGGCACCAGCCCGUCUCCAGAAGAGGGAAUGGGUGAUGAAUUCGACCUGAUGGAUCAUUCAGAUCUCUACAUCCUUGACUUCAGCCCCAGUCUAAAGACGCUGUGUAAGCUAGCAGUGAUUCAGUACAGCCUGGACCAGUCCUGCCUUCCCCAUGACAUCAGAUGGGAGCUCUCGGCUAUGACAACGAACAGCACCAUCAGCCGCCCCAUCGUCUCCUCCCAGGGCUGACACUGGCUCGUCCCUCUACUGCCCUGCCCUCGCCCCUCCACACACUGACCUCUUGCUCCACUGCCUGCAUGAGUUUUUAGCCCUUUCAAGCAA